AUGCCCACCGUUUCAAUCCUUGUGCCACUACAACCACCGCACAACUGCCAGCUUUGCCUGCCAAUCCCGCGAGAGUACAUAGACCAUGCGGGACUAGUCAGGCACCUCAAGAGGGAACAUGAUACCACGUUGCACUUCGAGUGCCGUGCCUGCGGCCUGGUUCUAGACAAAUUGAAAUCCCUUAAGGCCCACCAGCGCAGAGCUGAGGCCUGCCGCACUUGCAUUGAGGCUAAUUCGCCUCCACCUCCACCUCCUGCCAACCGCCGCAUCAUGCGUAUCCCUCUACGGCCGAGAAAAGCGAAAAACAGGGCACCUCCCCAUCAGAACGCUGCUCCACCUGGACGCCAGUCUUCCUGCUCAUCGAGCUCACCAUCUCCGCAACCAGGCCCUGCUCCCUCCAGACGAAGGAGAGUAAUCCGGCCUGUCGAUACAAGCCUUCUUGAUUCGCCUCCUCAGGCAGACUCUCAGGCUGCUUCGCCUAUGCCUGCCCCGGCUUUUGUCAGCCCCUGGAGGCCCAACAGGUUGCCCUCUUUCAACUGCCAGUCUCCUCAACAUUCCCCUUCGACCUCGGCACUCAACGUCGCCAGCCACCACUCCCCCAUUGGCGAUCUGCCCCACAGCUCGCCGGGGGCCGUCACUUCCGACUUCGCUGAACCCACUUCUGGGAACUCAGCCUGUGGUCACUGCAUCGGACCAUCGACCCCCCCGACCACUUGUCGUCCCACUCCUACGCCUGCCUCUGGUAGACCCAGGAGACGUCAUUCCGCUAGCAGUCAAGUCAGCUUCCAAACUGACCCACCACUGCAUGGCUCUGUCGAAGUCAAUCACCAUCUUGUCACUGAUUCUGCUGCUGAUCUCCAGCUCCAACGGGGGCCGACGGAUGACCAACUCCAAUUUCCCGCCGGCACCCCCUCCCAUCAGAUUUCCGAAACCACUUUCCAGCCCCCCGCCUCUGACUCUUCCACUACCCCCAGCUGGGUUCUCAAUUGGAAGAACCGUUUCGAGGCUGCCAUCGAUGGCGAUAUGUUGGAAUCCAUGGUCAACGAUCUUGUCGCUCUUGCACAAGACAUCUGUUCCAUCUCCGACACGACCAUCCAACCCGCCGCACAGCCCUCGUCCCAGUCACCGGCAACCACCGACGCCAGGAACAUCCAACGGCUGUACAGGCGCAACAAAAAGAAGGCCAUAGGCCUCAUCACCAAUGGGCAGCCAAACUACUGCCGUAUCAGCAGACAGGUACUACAAUCACACUUUACCCGUCUUUAUGACUACAACCCGCAUCACCACCCCUCCGCACCUCCUGUUGAUGCUCCUGAGCCCUGCCUGGAAUCCAACAAUCCGCUUGCUGCGCCCUUCACUCCUGCCGAAGUCGCCUCUCGUCUGCGUAGAUGCCACAAUACCGCCCCCGGUCCCGAUGGCCUACGCUACCAUCACUGGAUGAGAGUUGAUCCAAAUGGUACCAUCUUGUCUAGCGUCUUUAACGCCGCACUUCGCACCUCCUCCACUCCUCCCUGCUGGCAGAACUCUAACACCGUUCUGAUCCACAAGAAGGGCAGCACCAGCAACAUAGGCAAUUGGCGCCCCAUCGCCCUUUCUAACACCUUGGGCAAGGUUUUUUCAGCCUGUCUCGCCAACAGGCUCCUUAAUUGGUGCAACGUCAACAGCAUCCUCUCAAACGCCCAGAAAGGGUUCUUACAACACGAGGGCUGCCUUGACCACAGCUUUCUCCUCCAAUCCAUCAUUCAAGACGCCAGGAGAAAGCGUAGGUCUUGCCACAUCGCUUGGCUCGAUAUUAGCAAUGCUUUCGGGUCUGUGCCCCACGAGACCAUUGUCCAAUGCUUACAAUGGUGUGGCCUCCAUGACGAAAGCAUUGACAUAGUCAACAAUCUACUGCGAGACUGCACCACCAAGAUUAGAGCCCACGAUGGCUACACCAACGAAAUACCCAUCAAAUCUGGCGUCAAGCAGGGGUGCCCCCUGAGCCCUCUGUUAUUCAACAUUGUGAUUGAGACCGCUAUUAGGCGGGUACACAAUCUUCAGCUGGGAUACUCUCUGGAGGGCGAGGAAAUUGGUAUCCUUGCCUAUGCAGACGACCUGGUCCUAGUCAGCCCCUCACCCGAAGGCCUCCAGAAGCAGCUGGACAACAUCUCUCACUGGGCCGACUGGGCCGGUCUCUGCUUCAAACCGAGCAAAUGCGCCACCCUAUCUGUCCUCGGAAGCCAACACAGCACCGGCGACGACACCUUCACGCUGUGUGAUGCGCCCAUUCCACUCCUGAGAUCCAACGAAUCGUACUCUUACUUGGGCGUUCCAACCGGCUUCUCUACCCACCACACUUCAGAGGACAUCAUAACCAACCUUGAGAGAGAUCUACAACUUCUCGACGACUCAAACCUCGCGCCGUGGCAGAAACUAAACGCCGUUAACACCAUGUUUCUGCCCAGGCUUACCUACCACCUCCUGCUCGGAUCCAACCCGAAGAAACGCCUGCACGCCCUUGAUCGACGCAUCAAAACCUACGCUAAGAGAUGGUUAAAUCUCCCCCAGCGUGCAAGCGCUGAGGUCGUCCAUCUCCCCUAUGACCACGGAGGUGCGAACAUCACCCCCUGCAGCACCCUCUCUGACAUCUGUCAGAUUACGCAUGGGGUACACCUUUUUACUUCCAGGGACUCCAGAGUGAGUUCCAUUGCCAUCAACUCCCUCCGCAGCGUAGUUCGAAAACGCAUUCGCCGCACGCCAUCCCUCGACGACUUAUGCACCUAUCUUAACGGUUCCAUGGAAGGGGAAUUUGGUAUGGACCCAGCGGACAUUACAUCCACCUGGACUCGUCUCCGCAUGGCCACACGAAGACUCCGUAAAACCAUGGACAUCGCUUGGAUAAUCUUCAACGACUCCAUCACCAUCUCAGCAGCAGGAAAUCCAAUUCCCAGACAUACCACCUCCAAAGCCCUUACCAGCAUGGCAAAAAACCACCUCCUCAACCGACUCCUCCGAAAGCCCGAUCAGGGCAAGGCAAUAAAGCUUACGGCACAACAUCCUGCCAGUAACCACUUCUUAAGAGACGGGCUCUACACCUCCUUUGCGGAUUGGAGGUUUAUCCAUAGAGCCCGCCUCAGUGUGGUGCCCCUAAACGGGCUGCGUCGUUUCGGCCAACUCUCUCCAAGAUGCCGCCGCUGCGGCUACCAACAAGAGACUCUGGCCCACGUUCUGAACCACUGUGGCCGGAACCUUCACCUCGCAACCGAGCGACAUAAUGCCGUUCUCAACAGACUCAGACGUGCUAUCAACGACCGAGACAUCACCGUCCGCUGCAACCAACAGGUCCCUGGCUACGACGACAACUGCCGGCCAGACAGUUGCCAUCAACGACAUCGCCAAGACCGCCACUAUCGUCGACGUUGUGAUCCCCUUUGA